AUGCUACCAAGUAAAUUUAAUUCAUCGAAUGAAUCAUCAAAUUCUUCCAAUAUCAUGAAUUCUAUAAUCAAUAACUUCUCUUCAGAGAGUUCAUCACCUGAUAACAAGAAUAUCAAAGGACCAUUGGAUGAUUCAAAAGAAGAUUUAAAUAGCAAAGAUAGCGAGGAUUUCAAAGAAAUUAAUAAUAAGGACGAACUUAACUUGAAUAACGAUGGGGACAGUAAUACAAAUUCCAAUGAAGAAUAUGCUCUGUCUAAUUCAAUAUCCAAGAUUUUGAAUCCAGAGGAAAAUACUAAAAUUAAGAAAUAUUUCUGUCCCACUUGUAAUCAAGGAUUUACCAGAAAGCAUAAUAUGAUCAGUCAUGAAUUAAUUCAUAGUCAAGUGAAACCUCAUAUUUGUUCUGUGUGUAGUGCAAAUUUCAGAAGGAUUCAUGACUUGAAAAGACAUGAAAAAUUACAUACUGGUGAGAAACCAUAUAAAUGUGACUAUUGUCAAAGAUCUUUUGCUAGACCAGAUUCAUUGACAAGACAUCAAAACAGUCAAAAUGCAUGUCCAGGAUUGAAUAAAAUGAAACAAGCUCAUGGGGCUGUUGUUUUGCCACGUCAAAUUCCUCAACAACUACCUAACCAAUUGCCACCGUCAAAUCAACUGCUGAUGUCUCCCAAUAAUCGUUAUUUGAACAUGUCAACAGCUUCUUCAUCGAAUCCACCCAACUCAACAAAUUAUCCUUACGAACCCUCGGGUCAUAGUACUGAUACCUAUCGAUCGGACGAGCGAUAUUCCAGGGAUAAUUCUCGUAGAGACAAAUUUGAGUUACCUCCAAUCAGAAACUUAAAUAAUAGAAAUCCUGAUAAAAGACAUGUAACCACUUCAGAUAAUCAUAAUAGUGGUUAUACUACCACAACCACUACUAUCACAACCACACAUCAUAAUGAACCGGGUAAGGAUGAGAACGAAGAAAGAAUGAAACAUGAUUACGAACAUAAUUUGGCUGUACAAAGAUACCAAGAAGAAAACAGGCGUAAUGAAAACGAUAGAAAACGAACUGAAGGUGAUCAAGCCAAGAAUUUAUCCAGUAACAGUGGAAGUACCAAAUCAAAUCCACAACAAACCUCAGGUUUCGAAGAAAGUGAGCAUUCAAGACCUAAUCUUUACCCCAGUGGUCUGUUCAAUAAUCAAAAUCAACAAUUUGGCACUUAUAAUAAUCAGUACAAUAACAACCCAUAUAACAAUUCAUACGGUGGUCAGUACCAGAAUCAGUACCCCAACCAGAAUUUUAAUCAAAUGCAAAAUCAAAAUCAGAACCAAUUCCGUAAUCCAAUGCCCAGGAAUGUCGAUGACAGAAGAAGAGCAUACGACUACUCUGAUGAUUACAUCAGCCUUUCCAAGUAUAAUGAUCUUGCAUUGUACACCCAAUCUUUGGAAGAAAGUCUUAAUAAAAUUAAUAAUAGGAUCCAAAAUCUUGAAGAUGAGAAUGUCGAUAAUCGUAUCGAUAGAGAAAGAUUGAAACAAAUCAAAGAUGAAAGACGUAAAAGAAAAAGAAAGUUGAACAUCGAUGAUUCUGGUACUUAA